AACUGGCGGAAAGACGGAAUCCGUAAUUGCUUCGUGUGUACUUUUGGUUAGAUUUGCGAUUUAAACAUCUAGAAAAGAUGCAUUAAUAAUAAUAAUACUAAUACUACUACUAAUAAUAAUUACUAUCUUAAUAAAAGGACUAAAAGAAGAUUUGCAGAGCUGUCGUGAUAGACUGGAAAUAAAGGAUUAUCAUGGGCACUUUGCCGGACGUCACAGAGCUGAGAAGGAGGCUGGAGAACACGCUGAUCUCGUACCAUCACCUGGAGGAGAAGGAGUGGAGAGUGGCAAAGAAAUUGAAAGAUGUCACCGCUUGGAGGAAACCUUCAGAAGAGUUCAGCGGCUUCCUGUAUAAAGUGGAGGGCUUGGUGAUGGAGAAGCCGUGCAGGAUAAUGGACUACAUUCGUCCAGGACCUUAUCGCUUACAGUGGGACAGUCUGAUGACCACGCUGGAGAUUCUAGAAACUGUAGACAAGGCGUGUUGUGUGACGCGCUACACCACUGCAGGACAGCUGUGGAACAUCAUCGCUCCUCGAGAGUUCGUGGAUUUCUCCUACACCACUGAUUAUCAGAGCGGCCUUCUGUCCUGCGGUGUGAGUGUGGAGCGUGAGCAGCAGGAGCAGAGCUGUGUGCGAGGUUAUAAUCACCCUUGCGGUUGGUUCUGUGUUCCGGUCGAUGUUGAGGACGUGGACGUCCCCUGCAGUCUGCUCACCGGAUACAUCCAGACUGACCUGAGGGGCAAAAUCCCACAGUCUGCAGUGGACGUCGCCAUGGCAACCACACUUACCACCUUCUACGCUGAACUCAAGAAAGCACUUGCAACCUAGACCCCCUCCCCUCUCUCAUUCAUUCACUCUCUCUCUCUCUCUCUCUCUCUCAUUCAUUCCCCCCCCUCUCUCUCUCAUUCAUUCACUCUCUCUCUCUCUCUCUCUCAUUCAUUCCCUCUCUCUCUCUCUCUCUCUCUCUCUCUCAUUCAUUCCCUCUCUCUCUCUCUCUCUCUCUCUCAUUCAUUCCCUCUCUCUCUCUCUCUCUCUCUCUCUCAUUCAUUCCCUCUCUCUCUCUCUCUCUUGUACACCUUCUCUGUACAUGAAACACUUGAUGUAAUAAGUACAGCAUUAUAUUUUUGUAAAAAGUGAAACAUAUACAAAUAGAUAGACAGACAGAUAGAUAGAUAGAUAGAUAGAUAGAUAGAUAGAUAGAUAGAUAGAUAGAUAGAUAGAUAUUUUAUAAAUGCUAUAUCACAGGAUUUCUUUUAAUUGUAUGAUAAUAAAUAUUCUGGUGCUAAUCGAUCUCUCCGGUGUGUGUCAGGUUUAUAAUGACUGGUUAAAUUCGACUAGUUAAAAAUUCCAUUUUGAGAUUUUGAGUUAAUUUUUGAUCAGAGUGCAAUAUUUCUUGGAGGUGCCAAAAUCCACUUUCUAUUCAUUGCUGUAGCUUUUAGACACUGAAUGUUCUGUAAAGUCAUGAAGGGUCUCUGUGUCUUGCUGCCGGUUAAAUGAAGGAAAAGUUGAUGUUUUUAAUGCAGUUAUUAAAAUCAUUGAAUCGAGUGGA